AUGGCCACCCGGCCCGCGGGGCCUGCGGACAAAGAGGCCGCUGGCAAACGCCUCAUGAGGCGCCGGCGGCCGCGGCGGCAGCGCGGGGGCCGAGUCCGGCGGCAGGCAUUUGAUAAAACAGUUGCCAAGGACAACUCUCUAGCUGUUGGCUUCUUUCAGAGAGGGUUUGUCCGUCUGCAGUUAGAAAUGUAUGAAGAAGCUCUCUCUGAUUAUCAUACGGCUUUCACCCAUCUAAGAAAGAACCCGUUCAUCGACUACAAGCAGCUAGGGCUGAGAUAUGUGCUCAAUGCAUGGGAGGUGCUGUACAGCACUGCAGCAGCACAGUGCCGCCUGGGACAGUGGCAGGAAGCUAAAGCCACCUUAGAAAAGGCUGUUGUGUGGAGACCGGAAGGAAGAACAGCAAUCCUGGACCUGGCCCUUGAGCAGGUGCAGGAGCAUCUGUUUUUAGAGCCCAUGCAGGUUCCACCUGGGGAAUUUUUCAGACCACGAAAGAAGGAAGUUGAAGAGCUGGAUUCGAAAGAUUUCCUGGGUAAACCUAAGGUGAUCUCCUCCAUCAUUCCCAAUGAUGAAUACAUUGGCUUCGAGCCUCUUAGGCCUCAGAAACAAGGCUUUUAUGAACCCAGUGCUGAUGCUCUGCGGGACCGUGAAUCAGGCUACUAUCGAGUUUUGUCCCAUUUUUACCCUGAGGACUCAGAAAAGUUGGCAGUGAAAGCCAACAGUUUGGUCUUUGUGCUGACCAGAGGAGCAGAUGGCUGGGCUACAGCCAUACAUGAUGGACAGAAGCUGCAUAUACCAGCCUCUCUCCUGGAGCAUGUUCCUACCCCAAAGGUGGAUAAAUUGAAGAUCAGCAAUGGGAUUCCCCUCCCUCCUGCCAAGGUGCCUCCCAGCCGACUCCCUGUGAAACAAAAGCCAGAAUCUCCUGAAGGAGAAAAUGCCUCUGCAAAUGAUGAUGUUUCCCAAAUGGACUUUAAGAUCCCACGGACACAAGAAGAAGUAUUAUCCAGCACAGACAGACCCACUGUGCUGAGAGUGCGCUGUGACUGCACCAUAGCGCUGAGAGCAGGCGAGGUGCCAUCCCUGCCAGACCUGCGCGCUCUGCUGAGGGAGAAGUUCAGCCAGCAAGCAGAGCAGGGGAUGUUGAGCUGCAGGCAUUCAGACAGCAAAGAACUGGUUGCAGUUCUGGGAGAGGAAGAGCUGGCAAAGAGAUGGCAACAGUUGGCAGAGGGCAGACUGACACUCUGGUGUGAGGGCUCAGAUUCCGUCUCAGGCAGACCGACCCUCUACAGGCUGCUGGCUCAGCACGAUUACCUGGCACAGGGGCCAGGGGACCUGGAGUUCAGCAAAGGAGACACCCUGGACGUCCUCUCUGAAGUGAAUGAGGACUGGCUUGAAGGACACUGCAAUGGCAAGACUGGCAUCUUCCCCAAAUGCUUUGCAACUCAGUCUGGUUGUGAUACUACAUGCCUAUAGGCAACAGGGACCUAUUCAUGCUGGGCUACGCAGAGAGCCCACUGCCAUCA